AUGACGCCGAAAGCGCAAAGCGGCGGCUGGAGCAGGCACGUCCCAAGUUGCUUGAAGCAGAAACAGGCGGCGGGGGGAGGGGAGGAUGAUGAUACCACAGCGGGAGCUCCUGUGGGUUGCUCCUCGGUGCUAUUCCAGGCGCCCCUGUUCACGGUGCUGGUGGUCGUGUGGGCGGCCUGUGGCACAGUGGCAGCAGCGGGGCUGCUGUGGGACCGGCACGCGCAGUACGAGAGGCACAGGGAGGAGGCACUGGGCGUGUGGUGCAAGGAGCGCGCGAUCAUGCUGCAGCAGCUCGUGCUCACCCAUGCCGGGCAGAUGCAGACUCUUUCAGGUGUGAUCACAGUGAUGGGCAAGCCAGGGCAAGGAGGCAAAUGGGAGAUGGGUCGGUGUUUGAACGGCAGCAUGUGGGUGUCUUACCUCACUCGCACCGCACCAACUCGCCCGGGCAACACUGGUGCAGUCGCGUGUGCGCUGGUGCACGAUGCAGAGAGGGCGGCCUUUGAGAAGCAGUACGGCAGCAUAAAAGACAACACGCUGAUUGUCAGUGCCCACCGCCCCAUCUACUGCCCCAAGGUCCUCGAGCUCACAACGCUCUAUGCCACCAACGGCCCCAGCAACAUUGACAUGUUUCAGCGAUACUACUCACUGAUCCCGCUCGUGCUAGAAGGCCGGCACUUCUACUCCUGGCCCUACCCCCUCGCCAACCCCCUCACUCAUGCCGGAUUCGGUGAGUGA